UGUUCAGCCUGUGAGCAGUGAUGGGGGACUGGAGUCUCCUGGGGAAUUUCCUAGAGGAGGUCCAGGAACACUCCACCUCGGUCGGGAAGGUCUGGCUCACCGUCCUCUUCAUCUUUCGCAUCCUGGUGCUGGGCACAGCGGCCGAGUCCUCCUGGGGCGACGAGCAGAGUGAUUUCCUGUGUGACACUCAGCAGCCCGGUUGCACCAACGUAUGCUAUGACAGCGCCUUCCCCAUCGCCCAUAUUCGCUACUGGGUGCUGCAGAUCGUUUUCGUCUCCACGCCGUCCCUCAUCUACAUGGGCCACGCCAUGCACACGGUGCGCAGGGAGGAGAAGCAGCGGAGGAGGGAGCAGGAGGAGAGGGAGGCAAGAGGGGAAGGCGGGGGAGACCUGGAGGGGGAGAAGGAGUAUCUCCAGCAGAAGGAGAGUGUAAGAGGGGUGACAUCUAAUGGGUCUGGCCGUGUUCGCCUGAAAGGGGCUCUGCUGCAGACUUACAUGCUGAGCAUCCUGAUCCGGACGGUGAUGGAGGUGACGUUUAUCGUGGUGCAGUAUCUGAUCUACGGGGUGUUCCUCAAGGCGUUGUACUUGUGCAAGGCCUGGCCCUGUCCCAACCCUGUCAACUGCUAUAUGUCCCGGCCCACGGAGAAAAACGUCUUCAUCAUCUUCAUGCUGGUGGUGGCCGGCGUGUCCCUGCUGCUUUCUGUGUUGGAGCUCUACCACCUCGGCUGGAAGAGCAUCAGGAGGUGCGUGCGCAACAAGGUCAUACAGAGGAACGACCACAGAGCUGUGACAGUGGCCGUGUCUGCAGCCUUGGAGCCCAACAGUCCACCUCGGCCCUCAACCUCCUGCACCCCGCCCCCUGACUUCAGCCAGUGCCUGGCAGCCCCGAGCUCCAUGAACCCCAUGACCUCCAUGGCCUCUCAUCCCUUCAACAACAGGAUGGCGCUGCAGCAGAACUCAGUCAACUUGGCCACCGAGCGGCAUCACAGCUCCGACAACCUGGAGGACGAGGGGGACUUCCUGAGGAUGAGAUACGAUCAAGCACCCACAGAGCUGCCCAACAGCUGCUCCCCGUCGCCUCUGCUGCACACUGGUUACAUGAGGGACAAACGGCGCCUGAGCAAGACCAGUGGGAGCAGCAGCCGGGCUCGCCAAGAUGACCUGGCAGUAUAGACUCACAACCGGGAGGGAGAGAGGAGGCGCGGCUGGACCUUCAGAGCCAAAGAGAGAGAGGAGAAAGAUCAGUUUAGGAAGACACAAAGAGGAGGCCGAGUCAUAUUUCUGAGUGAAGGGGUCAGAACAUGAGUGCAGGCUAGUUAUGCAAACUGUGGCAUUGCAGCCUGACACUUGACUGUAGACGAUGGACUAAAUGUUCACUUUAGAGAGAGACACUGAGAUCUGUGAAUGGACCAUGUAAAUUUGUGUGAGCUCUGUGAGCAGAUAGCGACAUACUGACAACCAAACUGCAAAAGAAAGACGACGUUGAAAUGAGUACAGGGUAACAGGUGUGAGACCUGACUAUUGCACAUUUAAUGUUUUAGUGAAACAGUUAAAGCCAAAAAACGAAGAGAGGUAAAGAGACUUUGUGGUGAGAAUGAUGGUGCUUGGUGUGAGAUGACGUAGGGAAUCAUUUCAUUAUACGGCAGAAUAUGACACACAUCUCAACUAUUCACAUAAUUAUAGAUUAGGUUGUAACUUUAAGUAGCACAAUCAACAGUCUCAUUUUCCUGCUGCAAAAAAUAAGAGAUGCAAUAAAAGAAAACAAGGAGUUGCUAUGCAAUAAACUGUGAAGCUUGACGGUAUAUAAAUUGGCUGCUUUUACAGUACGCAGCACAUUUCAGUUAAUCAAAGUGCCUUAACGUGUGUGAAAAAUAUAUCUCUUUCCACAUAACAUGUUUUCUAUGUAUAUUUUUCCAAAAGCCAGUAUGGCAAAGACUGCAAAUUUAAAGUAAGCCAUCUGUUGACUUGCAAACCUGAUUGCACUACACACGCAGGUCAACAAACAUAAAAUGUUAAUCAAUAAUAAUCACUCUCCAAUCUAAAAUAGUGUGAGUGAAUCUGUAUUCAUUAGUUAUAUAUUUGACAGGAGCCUUUUGUGUGCAGAGGUGAUGAGAGAAUGUAGCCGGUUUGGGGAUUUUCCUCUCGAGAGAUUCAAGGUAAAUGG